AAAAUAAAAUCAUAAAAACCAAAAUCAAGAACACAGGAAAGGGGGCAGAACCUCCCAAUUAGGGUUCAUAAACCCACACAAUAAUCUCUAUACAAAAUGUAUAGAUCACACUUCUACUCAACUAUUCAGUAACAAUCUUCAUCACUUCAUCAAUUUCAUCCAUCCUGAAACCCUAAUUUCCGUCGUCGUACGUCCGUACAACCAGAUCCAUCAUGCGCAACGGCAAAAUGGCAGCUCAGGCGACCGUCGGAUCUGAAUCGGCGACCGGAGUUAGGUACAGAGGCGUAAGGAAGCGACCGUGGGGAAAGUUCGUUGCAGAAAUCAGAGAUCCGUUGAAAAAAGCUAGGGUUUGGCUCGGUACGUUCGAAUCGGCGGAGGAGGCGGCGCGUGCAUACGACGCCGCUGCUCGGAACCUUCGUGGAGAUAAAGCGAAGACGAAUUUUCCGGUCGCCGGUGUACGAAACCCUAGCGGUUACGCUCAGCAAACGGAGGAUGUAGUUGUUGUUUCUCAGUUUCCGACGUGUAGUAGUUUGAGUAGUACGGUGGAGUCUGUUAGCGGACCACGGCGCGUGACGGAGGCGGAGGCUGUGCGGCCGCGCGUGCUCGUUACGGCGGUGGUGGAUGAUUGUGAUUAUUGUGAUAGUUCGUCGUCUGUGGUGGUUGAUGAAGGUGAUGUUGAAGAUAUUGUUACGUCGUCGUUUCAGAAAGUGAUUCUGCCGUUUGAUUUGAAUGUUCCGGCAACGGUGGAUGACACGUGUGGUUUUCCGGUGGACGGUGGGUUUAUCUGUACGAAGCUUUGUUUGUGAUGUUUAAGGGUUUUUUUUUUUUUUACACUUGUUUGUUGUAAUAGUUUGUAGUUAAAGUUGACUGGAUCAAGGUUCAUUAAGAUGAACUUUCAAGGUUGAAUUGUGGUUGAGUUUUUAGUUAACUGGUUAGAAAUUAUAUUUGUGUUUGUGUGCUCUGUAUGUAUACUAUUUAUUUUUUUAUACUAUAUGGUUCGGUCGGGUGAUGGUUUC